AUACAUAAAUUUGACUAUAAAGCCGUAGUUUUCCCCCAAAAUUUAAAUAGAAUCCCUGCAAUUCUAGAGAGAGAAACCGAGCGAGCUUCGGAGCUUGUACUUGCAUCAAUGGCGUUCUUAUCUUUCGUCGGCCGUGUUCUUUUCGUCUCCGUCUUCCUUCUCUCUGCUUGGCAAGAUGUAUAUAGGUUUAAUGAAUUUGGAUUUGAUGGUGGAUCUGCAGCAAAAGUCCUUACACCAAAGUUCAAAAUGCUUUCAAAGCAUUUCACAACUUUUACAGGUUUCCAAGUGCCACAAUUUGAGAUCAAGUUCUUUUUUGCUGGAGUUAUAGCCAUUAAAGCCCUUGGAAGCUUUCUCUUCAUCUUUGAUAGCACCAUUGGUGCUACACUCCUGAUUUUGCACCAGUUAAUUGCUACUCCCAUCUUAUAUGACUUUUACAACUAUGACAUUGAGAAGAAGAAAUUCUUUCAACUUACUUUCAGUUUUACACAGAGUUUGUCAUUGUUAGGGGGAUUGUUGUUCUUCAUUGGAAUGAAGAAUUCCAUUCCAAAGAGAUCUUCAAUUCCAAACCACGGGAUUGCAACAACACAAACAGUCGAAAAUGUACGAGAUGAGUAUAUCGAACAUUUGAAAGACGAAUUAGGACAAGCAAGGGUAGAAUCGGAAAUAAUGUUUGAAAAACUGAAGCUUACUCAAGCUCGACUUAAUGAAACACAAGAAGAAUUAUCCCAAUGUUAUCAGGAAAUCACUCGGCUGACCAGAGAGCUAAAGGGGAAAUCUAAUGCAGAAGGAUUCAAACGAUGGUUUAGCUAGUGUCCAUGAAAAUUACUGAUUUAGCCUUAUAGCAUAGUAGUUAUAUAAAUAGAUAUAUGGGAUGAAAAGAAAAG